UCUAUAGGUCUGUUCGCACAAAAGUCACAAACCAGUCAAAGCGAAUUUUAGUGGUUGAAAGAACAGUCAGAACAGUACAGUAGGAACAAUCGAUAGUUCUCCUCCGCACCACUACUCAUCACAACUGUCAGCAGUUCUAUCUUCCAGAGAAUUUUGAGUAUUUGGUUGGGUUCUUUUCUUUUUGUUUGUUUAUUUUUAAUUUUGUAAAUAAUUACUACUUGUGCUUCACUUCUCCAAUAAAAUAGAGAUUAAAGGUUUCCUAAUUAAAAAUGGACGAAGCAGCGGCGCUCACACACCAUCCACCACCAAUUAAUAUGCUUCCUCCGACACCAGCAGGUUUGGAGUCGUUGUACAAUUUGUGCAGGAAAAUUUAUCCUGAUCAAGUGAACCCCUUACAAGUGACUGCCUUACUAAAAUAUUGGUUGGGUGGCCCAGAUCCUUUAGACUACAUCUCAAUGUACGCAAAUCCUGGCAUUCCAAGUGAAAAUAUACCGCCCCAUUGGCAUUACAUAAGUUUUGGCCUAUCUGAUUUGCAUGGAGAUGGUAGAGUACACGAUCCAACAGGAUCAGAACAACCAUCGGGAUUUGGUUUCGAAUUAACGUUUAGAUUAAAACGAGAGCCUGAUGAAACUUCUCCACCUACAUGGCCGGCAACAUUAAUGCAAUCACUGGCCAAGUACGUUUUUCAAUCAGGAAAUUCGCUUUGCUCAAGUGACCAUGUUUCUUGGCACUGUGCACUAGAUAAUAGUGAGUCAAGGAUUCAGCAUAUGUUAAUGACGACUGACCAACAUCUUAACACUACUCAGACACCUUUUGGAACUGUUGAUUUUGUGCAAAUUGUUGGAAUAUGCACUGAAGAGUUGAAAGCUGCUCAACAAUGGAAUGGCUCAGGGAUUUUGGAUAUUCUUAGACGAUUACCGGCUGCUGGUGGUGCCUGGCAUAUUACUGAUAUGAGAAGAGGAGAAAGUAUAUUUGAAUUAGAUCCAUAUGCACAUGAAGAAGUUGAAAGAGGUUUUGAAUUGGAUGGCUCAAAUUUAAGUGGAGUUUCAGGCCGUUGUUCUUGGUCAGAACAAGAUUAUUUCACUGGAAAAGACUGCAAAGACAUAAGACUAGAUUCACCGUUUCAUCAAAGUUACUUAGGUAGCUCGUUGGAUUCACCAGAAUUUCUUAGAGGCAGAAAAUUAGACGCUGUUCAUUUGAUAUUCAAUUUAGAAGCUGGUAGCCUUCUUCCUCUAGCAAUAAGGGGCAGAGUCAAACAUGGUAGACAUUUUACUUUUAAAUCUGUACUAGGAGAAACUGCUAUAACCCUUGUAGCACAUUCAGUUACUGGAACUUUAGUACACCAAGAUUACCCUUAUGUAUCUCAAGGUUCAUGGUUACAAGUGUUGAUUCCAGACGACUUAGCUCAAGAUAUGGCAGUUACUUUUCAAGCUUUAGCUAGCCCUGAAGCUUUAUCUUUGCCUAAGACCUUUUCUUGGCCCGAUAGAAAAUUAUCCAUUACUAUUGUAGCUGAUAAAGUUUAGCCAACAAUAUUUUAUUAUGUCGAUGUGUUAAUAAGUGCCUUAAGAGCUAAUGUUAAUCUCGUUUCUUCAUUCUGUUGACGCGCUUGGUUGAAAAUUAGGUUUUAGGUGUAGAUUAUAAGUUUUUUAAUGGCAUCUACAAUGUUUCUUGUAAUCUCUGUAAUGAUUUAUUUAAGGGAUAGCGUGCAAGUGUUAAUUUUAAAUUAUUUAUUUUAUUUAAGUAUAAGGUAUUGCAAUAAAUAUUUUUUCAAAUA